AUGAACAUGAAGCCGCAGGGCUGUAAAAUGACGGUUCUUAUGGUUUUUGUCACGGGCGAGGCACUGCUAUACCGCGUACUCUGGAGAGACUCCUGGCCUUGGCAUCGAGGCGGUGUCAACUGCACGCUUGUUGACGUGUUUGGCACGGUCUGCCGCGUCGUUCCCACACUACGUGUGCCUGGUGCCCCAACCUCCCCCAGUGGCUCCGCUUGGAUACCCGAUAGGCAUCGGUCUGUUCUGGUCGGUCUUCUCGGCACUUGGGUGGCUCGGCGGAUCUCCCGCGACGCAGGCGACUCCAAGCAGCAGCGCUGA